AAACAUAGUAAUGGUUAGAUGAAAUUAACCAUAAUAUUUAAGAGUUUACAAGCAUUUUUGUUAUGUAGCUGAAAGUUAAUGUCAUCUACCAGGUUUAUCUCAUAGCCAGUAUUUCUGUCAUGUAUAAUUAACAGACACCUGUUCUACCUGUUUCAAUAUUUACAUGAUUAAUGUUCAGGCUUACUGAUAUACUGUGUUAUAUAUACACCUGUAAAUUUAAAUACAAAUUUGUAAUUAUUAACAGCUUCAUUUUGCCCACAGCAGAAUCCUGCUGCUCUAAAUAUAGAAGAACAGAAGAAAAGGGUUGUCCAAAUUUUUUAUGUAUGCCAUGAACUCAUAAUAAAAGAUGUCACUGAAUGCGGAUGCCACCACAAAUACGUUAAGUUAUUUAUAAGCCUAAGUGAGCUUUCUGAAAAUUGGGUCACAAUCUGACGUGGCUUUGAGCACACAUUAGUAUAUCUCUCCAAGUAGACAAGUUACUUCACAACUUAGGAAGACAUCCACUGAGAAAUUUUAAACUUGAAUCCAUCAUGAAGGACCACCACAUAGGCAACAUGAAGGCGCUGAUAUUGGUGGGGGGUUAUGGGACGCGAUUACGACCUCUGACCCUCAGUCGGCCCAAGCCAUUGGUGGAAUUUGGCAACAAACCUAUGAUGUUACACCAGAUAGAGGCCCUGGUAGAGGCAGGGGUAACCCAGAUAGUGCUAGCUGUCAGCUACAGAGCAGAGCUUUUAGAACAGGAACUAAAAGUACAAGAAGAAAAGCUAGGAGUGACAAUCACAUUUUCCUAUGAGGAGGAGCCACUAGGGACAGCUGGUCCUCUAGCCCUAGCCAGAGAAAUCCUAGGCUCCAAUGAUGAGCCGUUCUUUGUCCUGAACAGUGAUGUGAUCUGUGACUUCCCAUUCAAAGACAUGGCAAGGUUUCACAAGAACCACGGCAGAGAGGGCACUAUUGUGGUAACCAAAGUAGAAGAACCUUCCAAAUAUGGCGUAGUGGUGUAUCACCCAGAAUCUGGGAAAAUUGACAGUUUUGUGGAAAAGCCACAAGAAUUUGUCUCCAACAAAAUCAAUGCAGGUCUCUAUAUCUUUAGUCCUUCCAUGUUGAACAGAAUACAGCUACGACCAACCUCUAUAGAAAAAGAAGUGUUCCCACACAUGGCAGCCGAUAGCAAUCUGUAUGCAAUGGAGUUACAAGGUUUCUGGAUGGAUGUCGGCCAACCCAAAGAUUUCCUGACUGGCAUGUGCCUGUACCUGACAUCAUUAAAACAGAAAGGAGGCCACUUACUUCACCAUGGAGAUGGAGUAUUAGGAAAUGUCUUGGUGGACCCCAGUGCCAAAAUAGGCCGUAACUGCAGAAUAGGACCCAACGUUACCAUAGGACCAGAUGUUGUCAUAGAAGAUGGCGUCUGCAUCAAGCGUUGCACUGUACUGAAGGGAGCCGUCAUUAAGUCCCAUAGCUGGUUAAACUCGUGUAUUAUUGGAUGGAGGUGUCAUGUGGGGAGAUGGGUACGCAUGGAAAAUGUAUCUGUUCUGGGGGAAGAUGUCACUGUCAAAGAUGAAAUAUACAUCAAUGGAGGAAGAAUUCUUCCGCAUAAAUCUAUAUCAGAGUCCGUACCUGACCCACAGAUCAUCAUGUGAUCAUGUGACACUGUCAUGUGACCAGGAGGGGCCAAUCAGCUGGGUUGUUUGGCAUUUUUCCAGUGCAGCUGUUUGCUGAUCAAUGUGAUAUAUGAAUAUGACCAAUUUGAAACUGUGGGGAAUUAAACUAAUCUUUAUGAAUUCUUUAUUUUUAACUGUAAAGAAAACAUUGGCAUUGGAUAAAUGUAAUAUUUUCAAGUAGACUUCACGUGAAUUCUCUGUUAACCAGUGGUUUGUAGCUGUAAGUUAUCAAGUAUGGAUGGAGAAAUUAGGCAGUAUGCAAGUACAAAUAUGAUCAAACAAUCAUGGAAUAUUUUCAAAUUAUUUUCUUAUACUCCAGUCACUCUCUGAGGGGGGGUACACUAUGUGUGCACAGUCUUGGAGCGUUAGAAGUAUCAGUCUGUAGAGGUCCUAUGGAUCAAACACUCACACAUGGAGAGGGGAAUGAAACAUUUUUUGAUCUAUGUGGUGCGUACUGGUUAUUUUCUGUCCUACAACCCACCUGUUACUAGUCAAAUCCUUGGGUACAGUAUUCUCUCAGAGGUAGCUGGCUAGCAAUACAGUGGGGUGCAGUUUGGCUAGCUGUAUUAUAUCUAACUUUUUUAUAUGACAGAUUCUUGUUUUCUCUUCAAUAGAACAGCUGCAGCUUGUCUGUAGUUUGAUUUCUUUAGGAAAUGUAAAAUAGUCAAAUGCAGUUAUAGAAUACUUUUCAGUUUUGUAACUUUCCAUCAGAAUUUAUUAAGGUUUUCAGGAUGUAAAUUGUGUCCAUCUUCUGUCCUGUAAAAACAAAUUUUCAUCGCACUCCUCUGGUGAAAGAUUGACAUGUGCAAACUUUUUAUGAUAUUAAGAGGAGAUAUGCGUACCUAAAGAAUUCCAGGUGAACAAGUGUCAUAUUAAUCAUGUGAGUCACCAUACACAUUAGGUACAGCUAUGGCAUAAUGGAGUCAAUUAGGACAUUAUAUUCAGGGUACAGGCUGGAGAUUCUUUUCAUGUGUGGUAAAUACUCAAUCUUUUCAAUGGGCCAAAAAUUAUCAAACUUUCAGACAUAUAAUUAUAUUAUCACAAAACUUACGUUUCUGUGUAGCAGUUGUAAUGCUUUUACUAUAUGGUACUAUAGAGUAGCCUGCUUUUUAA